AGAAGCGCUGUGUCCUUCCAGAGAGGUCCCCAGAUGCUUCCGGAUUGGAAAGGCUCUGAGCCGUUUCCGCCGCCAUUGCGGAUUUUGGACAGAAGAUCAGAGCCGUAGCCACUGCUAUCCAUUGAUGCAGUGCCGAAAACACUCACGGACGGGGGACACGUUUGACAUUACUGUUACCAGACUGCAGGAACACGAUUAAAAGCACUCCGUAUAUUACCCCUGUAGGAUUUAAAUAGUCACUGACUGGCUCCGACCUACACCGACACAGUGAGGAGGUCGUAGCUAGCCCGGUGCUGCUACCUAGCUAGCUAGCUGCAUAAGUUAGCUAGAAUUUCAGGACUCCGGAGAAGCCCAGGGAAACCACCAUGGCUCAAAUACUACCCAUCCGCUUCCAGGAGCACCUGCAGCUCCAGAAUCUGGGGAUCAACCCGGCCAACAUUGGAUUCAGCACUCUAACCAUGGAGUCAGAUAAGUUCAUCUGCAUAAGAGAAAAGGUGGGCGAACAGGCCCAAGUCGUCAUCAUUGACAUGGCCGACCCCAACACUCCCAUCCGUAGGCCUAUCUCUGCAGACAGCGCCAUCAUGAACCCAGCGAGCAAAGUUAUUGCCCUCAAAGACGCGGCAAAGACCCUGCAGAUCUUCAACAUUGAGAUGAAGAGUAAGAUGAAGGCCCACACGAUGACAGAUGACGUGACCUUCUGGAAGUGGAUCUCUCUCAACACCGUUGCCCUAGUCACAGACAACGCAGUCUAUCAUUGGAGCAUGGAGGGAGACUCUCAGCCAAUCAAAGUCUUUGACCGACACUCCAGCCUGGCUGGAUGUCAGAUUAUCAACUACCGCACCGACGCCAAACAGAAAUGGCUGUUGCUCAUCGGCAUUUCAGCACAGCAAAACCGUGUUGUCGGAGCCAUGCAGCUGUACUCUGUGGACAGGAAGGUAUCCCAGCCGAUCGAGGGCCAUGCUGCCGGCUUCGCCCAGUUUAAGAUGGAGGGCAACACAGAGGAGUCGACGCUGUUCUGCUUUGCUGUGCGAGGACAGGCAGGAGGCAAACUGCACAUCAUUGAAGUGGGGACUCCGCCAACUGGGAACCAACCAUUUCCAAAGAAAGCUGUGGAUGUUUUCUUUCCUCCAGAAGCCCAGAAUGACUUCCCUGUUGCUAUGCAGAUCAGUUCCAAGCAAGAUGUGGUCUUUCUCAUCACCAAAUAUGGCUACAUCCACCUGUAUGACCUCGAGACAGGAACCUGCAUCUACAUGAACAGGAUCAGUGGCGAGACCAUCUUCGUGACUGCCCCCCAUGAGCCCACUGCCGGCAUCAUUGGGGUCAACAGGAAAGGACAGGUGUUGUCAGUGUGUGUGGAGGAGGAAAACAUCAUUCCCUACAUCACCAAUGUGCUCCAGAACCCUGACCUGGCUCUGCGUAUGGCUGUCCGCAACAACCUGGCUGGUGCUGAGGAGCUGUUUGCUCGCAAGUUCAACACCCUCUUUGCAGCAGGGAACUACUCAGAGGCUGCCAAGGUGGCUGCCAAUGCACCCAAGGGUAUCCUGCGCACCCCAGACACCAUCCGUCGGUUCCAGAGUGUGCCUGCCCAGCCAGGCCAGACAUCCCCCUUGCUUCAGUACUUUGGCAUCCUGCUGGACCAGGGCCAGCUCAACAAGUUUGAGUCCCUGGAGCUGUGCAGGCCUGUUCUCCAGCAGGGCCGUAAGCAGCUGCUGGAGAAGUGGCUCAAAGAGGACAAGCUGGAGUGCUCUGAAGAGCUUGGAGACUUGGUGAAAUCUGUGGAUCCCACUCUGGCCCUCAGUGUCUACCUCAGAGCCAAUGUACCCAACAAGGUCAUCCAGUGCUUUGCAGAGACCGGCCAGUUUCAGAAGAUUGUCCUCUAUGCCAAGAAGGUUGGCUACACCCCAGACUGGAUCUUCUUGCUGAGGAAUGUGAUGCGGAUCAGCCCAGAGCAGGGCCUGCAGUUCUCCCAGAUGCUGGUUCAGGAUGAGGAGCCUCUUGCCGACAUCACACAGAUUGUUGAUGUGUUUAUGGAGUACAACCUGAUCCAGCAGUGUACGUCCUUCCUGCUUGAUGCCCUGAAGAACAACAGACCCAUGGAAGGACCACUGCAGACACGCCUGCUGGAAAUGAAUCUGGUCCAUGCGCCACAGGUUGCAGAUGCCAUCCUGGGCAACCAGAUGUUCACCCAUUAUGAUCGUGCCCAUGUGGCACAGCUGUGUGAAAAAGCCGGUCUCCUGCAGAGGGCGCUGGAGCACUACACCGACCUGUAUGACAUCAAGCGCGCUGUGGUGCACACACACCUCCUCAACCCAGAGUGGUUGGUGAAUUUCUUUGGCUCGUUAUCAGUGGAGGACUCUCUGGAAUGUCUGAGGGCCAUGUUGUCCGCCAACAUCCGCCAGAACCUGCAGAUCUGUGUACAGGUGGCCUCCAAGUACCACGAGCAGCUCUCCACUCAGUCCCUCACUGAACUCUUUGAGUCCUUCAAGAGUUUUGAGGGUCUGUUCUACUUCUUGGGUUCCAUUGUGAACUUCAGUCAAGACCCAGAGGUCCACUUCAAAUAUAUUCAGGCCGCCUGCAAAACAGGCCAGAUCAAAGAGGUGGAGAGGAUCUGCCGUGAGAGCAACUGCUAUGACCCCGAACGUGUAAAGAACUUCCUCAAGGAAGCCAAGCUGACUGACCAGCUGCCUCUGAUCAUUGUGUGUGACCGCUUUGAUUUUGUCCAUGAUCUGGUUCUGUACCUGUACCGCAACAGCCUGCAGAAGUACAUUGAGAUCUACGUGCAAAAGGUUAACCCCAGCCGCUUGCCAGUAGUGAUUGGAGGGCUGCUUGAUGUGGAUUGUGCUGAGGAUGUGAUUAAAAACUUGAUCAUGGUGGUGAGAGGGCAGUUCUCCACUGAUGAGCUGGUCGCUGAGGUGGAGAAGAGAAACCGACUGAAGCUGCUACUGCCCUGGCUGGAGGCUCGUAUUCACGAAGGCUGCGAGGAGCCUGCCACCCACAAUGCCCUGGCCAAGAUCUACAUUGACAGCAACAACAACCCAGAGCGCUUCCUCAGGGAGAACCCCUACUACGACAGCCGCGUGGUGGGCAAGUACUGUGAGAAGAGAGACCCCCACCUGGCUUGCGUGGCCUAUGAGAGAGGACAGUGUGACCAGGAGCUGAUUAAUGUGUGCAAUGAGAACUCCCUGUUCAAGAGCCUGUCUCGCUACCUGGUGCGUCGAAAGAACCCUGAGCUUUGGGCCAACGUCCUGCUGGAGAGCAAUCCCUACAGAAGACCACUCAUCGACCAGGUUGUCCAGACAGCCUUAUCAGAGACCCAGGAUCCAGAGGAGGUUUCUGUCACAGUGAAGGCCUUCAUGACUGCUGACCUGCCCAACGAGCUCAUUGAGCUCCUGGAAAAGAUCGUCCUGGACAACUCUGUCUUCAGCGAGCACAGAAACCUUCAGAACCUGCUGAUCCUGACAGCCAUCAAGGCUGAUCGGACCCGUGUUAUGGAGUACAUCAACCGACUGGACAACUACGAUGCCCCAGACAUUGCUAACAUUGCCAUCAGUAAUGAGCUCUUUGAGGAGGCCUUUGCUAUCUUCAGGAAAUUUGAUGUCAACACCUCUGCUGUACAGGUGCUUAUCGAGCACAUUGGUAACCUGGAUCGGGCCUAUGAGUUUGCUGAGCGCUGCAAUGAGCCCCCAGUGUGGAGUCAGCUGGCGAAGGCCCAGUUACAAAAGGGCCUGGUCAAGGAAGCCAUUGACUCUUAUAUCAAGGCAGACGACCCCUCUGCUUACAUGGAGGUGGGGCAAGCUGCUGCCCUAAGUGGGAACUGGGAGGACCUGGUAAAGUUCCUGCUGAUGGCUCGUAAGAAGGCACGCGAGUCUUACGUUGAAACAGAGCUGAUCUUUGCUCUGGCCAAGACUAAUCGCCUAGCUGAGCUCGAGGAGUUCAUCAACGGACCCAAUAACGCUCACAUCCAACAAGUGGGUGACCGUUGCUACGAUGACAAGAUGUAUGAGGCAGCCAAACUGCUUUACAACAAUGUGUCCAACUUUGGCCGCCUGGCCUCCACUCUGGUGCACCUGGGAGAGUACCAGGCAGCUGUGGAUGGAGCCCGCAAGGCCAACAGCACCCGCACCUGGAAGGAGGUGUGUUUUGCCUGUGUAGAUGGUAAGGAGUUCCGUCUGGCCCAGAUGUGCGGUCUGCAUAUUGUCGUACAUGCCGACGAGCUGGAGGAGCUCAUCAACUACUACCAGGACCGUGGUUACUUUGAAGAGCUGAUCACCAUGCUGGAGGCCGCCCUAGGCCUGGAGCGCGCUCACAUGGGCAUGUUUACUGAGCUGGCCAUCCUUUACUCCAAAUUCAAACCACAGAAGAUGAGGGAGCAUCUGGAGCUCUUCUGGUCCCGUGUUAACAUUCCAAAGGUUCUGAGGGCGGCAGAGCAGGCCCACCUCUGGGCAGAACUAGUGUUCCUCUACGACAAGUAUGAAGAGUACGACAAUGCUAUCAUCACUAUGAUGAACCAUCCUGCUGAUGCCUGGAAGGAGGGCCAGUUCAAAGACAUUGUCACCAAGGUGGCCAAUGUGGAGCUGUACUACAAGGCCAUCCAGUUUUACCUGGAGUUCAAACCAUUGUUACUGAAUGACCUGCUCAUCGUCCUCUCUCCAAGGCUGGACCACACACGUGCUGUCAACUUCUUCAGCAAGGUCAAGCAACUAUCCUUGGUUAAACCCUACCUGCGGUCAGUCCAGAAUCACAACAAUAAGUCAGUCAAUGAAGCACUUAACAACCUCUUCAUCACGGAGGAAGAUUAUGCGGCUCUGCGCACCUCCAUCGACGCCUAUGACAACUUUGACAACAUCUCGCUGGCCCAGGGCCUGGAGAAGCAUGAGCUGAUCGAGUUCAGGAGGAUCGCAGCCUACCUGUUCAAGGGCAACAACCGCUGGAAACAGAGCGUUGAGCUCUGCAAGAAGGACAAGCUCUACAAGGAUGCCAUGCAGUACGCAUCUGAGUCGAAGGACACGGAGCUGGCGGAGGAGCUGCUGGCCUGGUUCCUGGAGGAGGACAAAAAGGAGUGCUUUGCCGCCUGCCUGUUUACCUGCUACGACCUGCUGCGACCUGACGUUGUGCUGGAGACUGCUUGGAGGCACAACAUCAUGGACUUCUCCAUGCCAUACUUCAUCCAGGUCAUGAGGGAGUACCUCACUAAGGUUGAUGCGAUUAAGGAAAAGGUGGACAAACUGGAAGCCUCCGAAUCUCUGAGGAAACAGGAAGAGCAGGCCACAGAGUCCCAACCCAUUGUUUAUGGCACACCACAGCUCAUGCUGACGGCGGGGCCCAAUGUGGCCGUGCCUCCUCAGCAGCCCUAUGGCUAUGGCUACACAGCGGCGCCUGGCUACGGCCAGCCCCCACAGCCUGGCUUUGGUUACGGCAUGUGAACGCCCAACAGACACCUACCACCACCCCAUGACUCGACCCGACCUGACCCAACAGCGUCUUAGUCACCACCACUCCAUCUCUCUUUCUCUACUUGUGUUCCUCACUUGAUCCCUAUGGUCUUCUACUCACAACAGGGGCUACAAGCAAGCAACAACCCACUCAUUUUAAUUACUAUUUUUUUAUUAUGUUGUCCUAUUAUUAAGAAAAUGUAUAACUGCAAUGAAGGACUUUUAUUUGUAUUGUUUGAAAAGAAAUUGGACCACACGUCAUGUUUCUUUGUUUUUCACAUUCCAUAUUUAUGACUACUUAUUUAGAGCAAUGGUUUUGUUUUUGUGUAUGUUUAUGUAAUGAUUUUUUUAUUUGUUUAUGGUUUGUGCGGAAGUGGACUUGCUCAAGCUCAGCAAUGAACCUUUGAAGUAGGUGGAGGAGCAUCAGAUUUGCACUCUGUAGUGAGAAGACAUUAAUGUAGAAAAGCUCUUACUUUUGAUGUACUGAACAUGUGAGCAGCUUACAUUGUCUCUUGUUUGUCUGUAUAAUGCAUUUCAUCAUUGUAUAUUCUGAGGAAAAAUGGUUACAUAUAAUAUUUGAACAUAUAUUGCCAUUUGGAUGGCUAUAGCUAGCAACACUAAGUAAUGAUAGUAUAUUCUGCACAGGCGUGUAGCUUUAUGGAGUUUUAAAUGCAUACAGACGUAUGUCAGUGAGCGAAUGAGGGUGUGAGUGUGCGAAUAUGUGUGAGAGAGUGAUUGUGUGUGAUCUAAUGGUCUAAAUAAGAAUUUUAACCCCCUCAGCCUGUACAGGGCUGUCCAAUCCACCCCGUAGAUGUUAGCUCUCCUCUCAUUGGCUCCAUGUAUUUAGGUGACCUCUUGUGCCGUGUACAGUGCUUGUGCGAGACUAUGUCUGUGUAUGUGCAAGGACGGGACCACAGCUACCAAACCCCAGGGCCCUUAAUUGUACCGUAUGUGUGUAUUUACUCUGAACCCCCCUCAUGCUGAGGUCCAUGUAUGCCAGGUGUCGUGGUGUUUCCCUUGGUCACCAUUACUUUUUUGCGUGUACAGAUGUGAAAACGACAAAUUGAAAACUUUUAGAUGGAGACCCUGUCUGUCCUCCUCCCACUGCCCCGUCCUCCUCCGUUAUGCUCAGCGGCAAGAACGAAAAUGGAGGUAGUAGAAGAAGACGGGCCGGUGGAACCUUUGGUGUCCUAAUGUCAACUUGAUUAGAUCCGUAAACACUCCUGUAGGUAAUGUAUCUAGAUGGUUAUGAUGACGAAAUUAGAUCUCAGUACAUCAUGCAGUUCUUUGUCAAGAAUGGUCUGAAAUAAAAGCUUGUAUUUACCUUGAUGUACUAAACCCCCUUACAUGCUUUGAGCUGUGUGUGCAAAGUGUCAUCCUAACCUUACCAUAAGUUGAAUUCCUUUCUGUUGUCAUGCAUAUUAAUAGUAAAGGGGAUCUGUCACUGAUAAAUGGAAAAAUACGACUUACUGAAAGGGAAAUACUAGCCUAAAUAAAAACUAAAAAUUGUACCCAG